CCAGGCACCAGGCGUCAGGGCAACCAAGUCGACAGGAAUCUCGUGGGUCUUAUACAGUCACUUUAUCACUCCCAUUAGCAAGCGAGAAGGCAGUGAAGUUUACUUUAUUCUGCAUUUCACUUCAAUUACAUAGAUUAGUGUGUACUUGUGACGUCUGAUCUAGUUGGAAACACGUCAAAAAGUGAAAUAUAAUGGAGGAUACUGAAAGAAAGAAAACAAUGAUCGCAGCGCGUGAAAGAGGUCCUGGGCCUGGUAGAUAUGGACUUCCUAGUACGGUUGGGUUCAAAGGACAUGACUUCACAAAACAUCAAAAGCCUUCGUAUUCAUUCGGAAUGAGACUAGACAAUUCAAUGUUCUCUAAGGAUGUAAGUCCUGGACCAAAAUACCUGAUAGAAUCUCGUUAUACAAGGCAUGGACCGGAAGGCGAACCUAAAUAUUCGAUGCUUGCAAGACAGCCAGAAUUAAGGGGUUUUAAAACACCUGGCCCGGGCACAUAUGACAAUCAACGGGUGCAUCCCCAGGGUGAAAGACACGCCCCUAAGUAUUCCAUGUCUAUGCGCACACGAUUUAGGAAGCGAGAUGCAAAUCCAGCUCCCAAUGCGUAUUCCUUACCCCAACUAGUAGGACCCAAGGUAAUCAAUAAAAAUGCAAGUUCAGCUUACUCCAUGACAGGGCGUUCUAAAAUUAACGGAUUUGAUGAAGAUUUGGCCCGAACUCCGGGCCCAGCGAAAUACGAUGUUACUAGUCCCAAUGUAAGCCGAACAAAACAACCCCUUUAUUCCAUGCUAGGGCGAAACGAAAUGCCUGGCGAUAAUACCCGAAAACCUGGUCCCGGUGCUCACUCUCCAGAAAAGGUAUACAUAAAUAAAACCAGAGCUCCAGCAUGUUCGAUAGGCAUCCGGCAUUCCGAAUUUAUUACUCCUCUGAUCAUAGACGUUCUUGACUGAUGUGCAUUUUUAUGCCAUUUCGAAAAACAGGGUUGUGUUGACCAAACAAAAAUUUAUCGAUUGUGAAAAGAAAAGUUAGUGAUAUGUAAAUUUUUUUCUUUUGUCGUAUUCUUCAAAAAAACUAUUAAAUUAUAAUAUUAUCAAGUGUUUGAAAUUAUGUUUUGAUACCUCUAAAAUAGUGAUUUUGUUUAUAAUUUUAAAUAAGUAUCAAACCCUAUGCCCUUAGCGUUAAACACGAGUUAAGUUAUAAGAAUGGUCUUAUGGCAAUGUUCUUUAGGAACUAAUGUAAAACAUUUACAAAAUUUAUCAUUUGAAAUUAAGAUUGCUGUAAUAAUAAUUUAUAAACAUUUUUUUCUUUUGAAUGCACUUAGCCGUCCAUGACCAAAAGCCAUACCUUUUCACCAUUGAGAUUCAUUUCCAUAUUUAAAAAAAUUAAGCCGUACAUAAUUAUCGUGAGUAGAAUUUUAUCAAGAUUAAUCCGCCCAUUAGUAGAAUUUUGAUUGGCCUCCAAUUUUGAGCCAGAUACAAAAUGUAUAUCCGAAUUGAAUACUUUAUAGUGUCCGUCUUGUUCAUAUUAACCGUCCAUACAUUGUAAACUUUAUAUAACAGAAUUUUUAUAGUUGUUUCAUGUAUAGUAUGUUUCACUUUUCUUAGUGGUCCUUAUACUUUGACUUAGCUGAAUGUUUGUCCGACUUUAUUAGAAUAUUAUCAUCUUCAAUGAAAUUUUUUCUUUGUGAAAAAUAAAAUAUUUCUUUUCCAUCGAAGUACGUUGCUGAUCAUUUUAUUUUUUUUGCAUGCUAAUAAAUUUUAUCAAGCUUCGUUGAACUUUAUGUAACUGCUGAUUUACAUAUGGCGUUAGAAUAGCUAUCAUAACAU